AUGGCAGAUAAGUCUGAAGAUGUCCGAUACGUGGCUACGUCGAAACAGGGUCUUAACAGGGAGGGUGAGGGAGUCUCCAUCGACUGGGUGCCGCGAAUAGCGAUCCUCGGAACCGGUUACUACGUCGUCGGCGCACCGGGCCUUGUAAUUCUAAUUAGGCAAUUCAGGCAGCGGCCGUCGCUAAUGGGCCCCGCUCAGCGCCAUAAAGCAGGCGCAAUC